UGAUAUUCGGUUUGAUUUAAAUUUGGGCCAAGACAAUAAACCAAUUGCUUAUGUAUUAAAUUGUUAAGUAUAAGUCUCAUAAAAACCUAAAGCUAUGUGCCGUCAGUGGAGAUUCAACCUUCUCUAAGCCAUCUUCUUCUCCAACUCCAGCCACCAUGAAAGAAGAGCCAUCACACCAUUUGAAAAGAGAGAUUAAAGCUCAUCAGACACGUUUAUGGAGAACUGAAGAACGAUCGAUCAAAACUAAGUAUUUCGAAGCCAAAUUUUGAGAUCGGAUCCGCCGAUAAGUCAACUUCAUCAGUGUUUUCCCGUUGAUCUAGAAGGAACCAGCAAACGACCGAGAUAUCAAUCGAAAGAUCUCGUUGUCAGCUUUCCAGAUCAUCUUCCCGAUCGUAAAACCAAGGCACGGUUGGAAAGUUAUCGACGUUGCUUCUUGGCCAAGGAUAAGCUGAAGCUUUAGUGAUGCAGAUACAGUUCCGACCAGUCUCAGCGUAAAGGACAAACGGCCGACCUAAACGAAAGCUUUCAAUCUGGAAAUUUGUCAUAUUACUGCAGUCUUCGUUUGCGACCAGCCGGGAGGUGAAGCUAUUUUGGUUAAUCAAAUGGUGUCCGAUCGGAGUGAACUCGGUGUCUCUGGACAGAGGACAUAUAGGACUACAUUAUGACCGGACGGAUUGAAAAGUUAACGAGAGCUUCCGAGUUGCUGUUUCAGAGACGUCAAGAUCCAUUAUGUGUUUCUCAGGUUCCUUCAAAACCCGUUGCUAAGGUGAGGUAGCCGAGCAGGAGUGAUUGCUUUCGGUUUGGUGCUCUGGGAGUUUUAUUUCUUAUUUUCAAACUUCGAUUUUACGCUUUUAUCGAUAUUUUUCCGGGAUUUAUUUUAUUUAUGCUAUUAUUGGAUUAUGGUGUUGAGUUUGACCUUUGAAAAGUAAUAAAUUGAGACUUUUAUGAAAUUAUUAUUUAUUAUAUUAUUUUAGAAAAUCGGGGUAUUACAAAAGAGGUCGUGCUCAAUUACGAACAGUGUAUGCUGAGCUACUCUUUCUUCAGAUAUUCUGUUCCAGCUCCCAGUUACGUAUACCAUGUCUGUCCGAACACCGCAACUUAUUCAAGGAACAGCACUUACUUCACAAAUCUCAUCACCCUUCCGUCCUCUCUCUCUUCCCGCGCCUCUCUCUCCAACGGUUUUCAAAACGCAACAGCUGGGGAUGCCCCUGACAGACUCACCGGACUUUUCCUCUGCCGAGGAGACUUGUCCACGGAAGUUUGCCGCAGAUGUGUUGUCUUUGCUGCCAGUGACACCUUUACUCGGUGUCCGAACGAGAAAGAGGUGACGCUCUAUUACGACGAGUGCAUGCUCAGAUACUCUAACCGGUAUAUUCUCUCGACCCUUAACACCAACGGAGGAAUCAUCUUGUCUAACACACAGAAUAUUACAUCGAAUUACCAAAUUGAGUUCAGAGAUUUAGUCCUGUCCACCAUGAACCAAGCAGCCACCGAUGCGUCCAUCAGUCCUCGGAGAUUCGAGAUGAGGACGGCCAAUUCCACCGCGUUCCAGUUCAGGACUUUGUACGCACUGGUCCAGUGCACUCCUGACCUGACGAGGCAAGAAUGUUUCCGCUGUCUAAAUCUGACCAUCAGUCAGUUGCGCACUGACAAAAUCGGGGGAAGGAGUGUUGUGUCGAGCUGUAAUUCAAGAUACGAGCUUUACCAGUUUUACAACGAAUCCAACAUUGGAACACCUCAACCUCAGCUCGAUUCAGCUCCUCCACCGCUGCCAAUUUCAGUUCCUUCACCACAGCCAGGAGAAGGCGGAAACUCCACUGUCAUAGUCGUCACUGUUGUUGUUCCAAUCAGUGUUAUUUUUCUACUUCUCGUAGCUGUUUUCAGUUUCCGAGCAAAGAAAAAGAGGACGGUUUAUGAGACUGAACCACUUACCGAAGACAAGGGUGAUAUUACAACGGCAGGCUCACUUCAGUUUGACUUUAAGGCGAUCGAAGCAGCAACAGAUAAGUUUUCACUUAGUAACAAGCUUGGCCAAGGUGGAUUCGGCGAAGUUUACAAGGGUACAUUUCCUAGUGGAGUACAAGUUGCGGUGAAGAGGCUAUCGAAGACAUCAGGACAAGAUUCUACGAUGCAAAGCCAGCUAGACUGGACAAGACGGUACAGGAUCAUUGGAGGCAUUGCUAGAGGGAUUCUACAUCUUCACCAAGAUUCAAGACUCACAAUUAUACAUCGUGACCUCAAAGCGGGUAAUAUCCUAUUGGACGCUGAUAUGAACCCAAAAGUUGCAGAUUUUGGAAUGGCAAGAAUUUUUGGGAUGGACCAAACAGAAGCCAAUACAAGAAGAGUGGUCGGAACCUAUGGUUACAUGUCUCCUGAGUAUGCGAUGUACGGACAGUUCUCCAUGAAAUCAGAUGUCUAUAGUUUUGGGGUCUUAGUUCUUGAGAUUAUUAGCGGCAAGAAGAACAGUAGUCUCUAUCAAAUGGAUGGUAAUGCUGGCAAUUUGGUUAUAUAUACUUGGAGACUAUGGAGCAAUGGAUCACCGUUAGAGCUGGUGGAUCCGUCCUUUCAAGAUAAUUAUCAAACAAACGAAAUUACCAGGUGCAUCCAUAUUGCUUUACUUUGCGUUCAAGAAGAAGCUGAAGAUCGUCCAACUAUGUCAGCAAUAGUCCAGAUGCUCACUACUAGUUCGAUCGUUCUUGCCGUACCACGACCACCUGGAUUUUUCUUUAGAAGCAGGCAUGAAGAAAUAGGGAGAGCAGGUCCAUCUAUGCAUAUGUCUGCUCUCUGUUCCGUCGAUGAUGCUUCCAUUACUAGUGUAGCUCCUCGUUGAAGUCGGUUUAAUGUGGUUUAGUCUCAGGUUUGUUUUGUCUUGUAAACCGGUGACUUAUAGAUGUUGUACACUUAUACGCUUAACAAAAAUGAGAAAGUCAGUUAUGAUU